UGGAAACUCUGCUCUCAAAACUGAGACAGAGAUGUUUGAAAAAUAUUACAAUAAACUGGAGCCCAGGGACCAGCGACCUCCACGAUUAUCAGAAGUCAAAAUAACAGGAGCAGAAAUUGCACAGUUACGAAGCAGGCGUAAAUCCAAGUCCCGCGUGGGCAUGGAACGUUUGAUGGGCCUCAGUGUGGACCAAAAAUUAGAACUUGUGCAAAAGGAGCUGGAAGACGCAAAGGAUGAGAUCAGGCACAUGAGAGCGAACGCUGAGCGCGACCUACAGCAUCACGAGGCCAUCAUUGAGGAAGCUGAAAUUCGAUGGACCGAAGUCCAGAGAGAAGUGCAUGAGUUUGAAAAAGAUAUUCUAAAGACCAUAUCCAAGAAGAAAGGGAGUAUUUUGGCCACUCAGAAAGUGAUGAAGUACAUUGAGGACAUGAAUCGCCGGAGGGAUACUAUGAAGGAUAAAUUACGUUUGAAAAAUGUUUCGCUCAAAGUCCAAAGGAAAAAGUUGCUUUUACAAUUGAGGCAGAAGGAAGAGGUAGGCGAGGCCCUCCACGACGUUGACUUCCAGCAGCUGAAGAUUGAGAAUGCUCAGUUUUUAGAGACGAUUGAAGCAAGGAAUCAAGAGCUGAUCCAGAUGAAGCUGGCAUCUGGAAACACCCUGCAGAUCCUUAACGCGUACAAAAGCAAGCUACACCACGCCAUGGAAAUGUCCCUCAGUCUGACCAAGGAGUUCUUGCUGAGAAAAGAGUUACUUGAAAAAAUUGAAAAAGAAACCCUACAAGCAGAGGAGGACCGGGCCAAGGCCCUGGCUCUGAACAGGCAGCUCCGGAAGCAGCUGUCUGAGUUCCGAGCUCCACAGGUGAUGAUGUAUAUCCGGGAGAAGAUCCGAAACGGGGACCUGGAGAAGACCAUCAGGAUGUGGGAGAGGAAAGUGGAGAUUGCAGAGAUGUCCUUGAAAGGCUACCGCAAAGCUUGGAAUAAGAUGAAAAGCACCAAUGAGCAGUUGCAGGCAACUUCCGGCCCUGGGAAAUAGCCAGAAGGAAGCUACGGCUGCCAACCAAAAAGUGAUCCAUUAAAGUCAUCAGCUCCUGUCUAA